AUGUCUUUUAUAGGUCUGGGCUUUUGCUUUUAUAAUCCCCUGAAUUGGGAAUGGAAGUUGCAGUUUCUUCUACCAUUAAUACUGUUUCAGGAGGAGUUGCACUUCUCCCUUACAUACCAGAGUUUGAGCACGAUAAAGAACAGAACUAAGUCUAUUGGGAUCGAGCCCACAUCUGGCUCAAAAGCAGAAAAGGAAAGAUCAGAGAAGCUGUGCCCAAUCCUCUGUUCACUGCGGUUAGGAUUGGUUCAAUUAGCCACGUUCCAGCUAAAAGCUAGUCGAAGCCUGCCUUACGAGGGAGAAUUCCCACUUCUCUCCUUAAAAGUCAAAGUCGAGCACAGAAGCUGA